AUGGAGUCGCCAGCGAAGCAGGCUGUAAAGCCGCUUUCAGAAAGAAAGCAGGCCAUGGAGACGCCAAGGAAGCAGGCCAUGGAGCUGCCAAGGAAACAGGCUGUGGAGCCGCUUUCAGAGAGAAAGCAGGCCGUGGAGCUGGUUUCAGAGAAAAAGCAGGCUAUGGAGCCGCUUCCAAAAAGAAAGAAAGUCAUGGAGCUGCCAAGGAAGCAAGCUGUGGAACUACUAAGGAAGCAAGUUCUGGAGCCAUUUUCAGAAUGGAAGCAGGUUGUAGAGCCGCUUUCAGAGAGGAAGCAGGUUGUGGAGCCGCUUUCAGAAAGAAAGCAAACUGUGGAGCCGCUAAAGAACCAGGCUAUGGAGUCCUUUCCUAAAAAGAAACAAGUAGAGGAGCCUCCGGAAGAAGUUCAAUAG